AUGAUUUAUCGACUGCUAUCCAAGAUCGUCAGCAUAAAAUCUGAUGCACUCGACAAUGCAACGGGUGAUGCUGAAGGCCAUGCAGAUCGGGAUGAUGAUGCCAAGGAGCGGGAAGAAAUGGAAUUAUUUUUAUCUACAACUCGUCUGGGUCGCUUACUUGCGGCUAAGGAUUCUUCACUUAUGGAUUUGCCUCGAGGUUUGAAGAAACCCACAUCAGCAAAAGGACUUGAAGAUUCUGAUAGUAACGCUAAUUGCACCUUUAAUAGCGAAUGUGAGGCGAUUUUACAUGAACAUUAUCGUGCGUUGUAUCCUUACCACUCAGGUCAGCUGACAAGUGAAACCUUGGAAAAUUCUUUGACAUCAUCGCUGUCUAAAUUUCAUUCUGCUAGCUAUCAAAUGAGCAGCGAUGCAAAAAUGACUCAUAUACUUCCCCCUCGAUUAGUGAAGGUGCUGCUGCAGCGCUGGCAAUUGACACUUGGAAAAGGAGUUGCAGCUGUAACCCGACUCCGAAGCACUAAGGAGCUCAGCAAUAUGGCUUCGUUGAAAUCACCUUCAACCUUAUUUACGUUCAGUAUACUGGAUUAUCUUGAGGUUGUGAUUCCAUUCUGGAAUACGUUUCUGACCUCCGACCCGGUUCUUCAUGGGCCUCUUCUUUCGGCUCAUGGCGUAGAGCGUUGUGUGCUGAACACAUUACCGGUAUUUUCUGAUAUAAUUCUAAGUUUCAAGCGCACGCCUAACGAUGAACACAUCAACGUUGAUGAUGGUGGUGAGUCGGAGUGCAAAAAAAUUACAAAAGGACAUAUUCUUUACCUGACCCAGUUACUCUUAGAUAUACUACUACGGCUCUACCUUAGGAAGCCUUCUGGAAGCUCUGGUUUGAUCCAUGAAGUGCCUCCAAAUGAAGCUGCUGCAAGUGUCGGGCGGCGCGCAACCCAGCUAAGCAAUCAGGAGCUCGCUCAAGGUUGUCCUAACCUUUUCUUGAGACAUGAACACGUAAAAACAGCUGUGAAUGUUGGCGCAUCAUCAUCAUUUUCCAACAUGAAGCCUGAAAUCUCUCUGGACUCCCAUGCAAUGGUUCAGGAGUUGGUUGUUUUGUUGACGCAUAUUUCAAAGGCGUCCGUGACCUCUUUAUCAUUCUCUUCAAACAUAACAUCCGACGCUAAGGAUACUAGUGUUAUCAUCAGUAAAAUCUUCCUUAUCCUCUGUACGCUUCCAUCUUCGUGUGUAUUGGGGCCUGCAGCAAUCGACUUUGAUGAAGCGGAGCAUAUAGUGAAUUUAUCUGUGAUGGCUCUGAGCGUUUUGAUGGCUCAGUUUAUUGAUAUAUACUCGAAAAGUUGCAUAAAUCGCCCCAGAAAUUCUGGAACGAUGCACCUUGUGUCGGACGAUCUCACAGCCAUGAUGUUUAAUCAACUAAGCUCUGGAGUGCUUCUUGUCACUCAUUGGUUACGACAGUCUCCUGCGAUAGUAUUGCAAGCCUUGAAUAGUUCGAGCUUUAUAGCAAAUUUAUGCAUCAUCAUGCGAUUCAUAGGAAUGAACUUCGCCAAUGCUUCGUGUUUAAGACAUGAAAAGAAUCAUGAACGCGACGUCUGCUUUGAUGAACAAAACGAUGUGAGCGUGGUACAAUUGGAGGAGUUUAUUAACAGCUUCGAUUGUUUAAACAACACCAAUUUACUCGGACUGGCGAACUGUAAGUGCAUUUUGUCACGGCCUGGUUUGGAAUAUUAUCCUGUGGCAGCGGAAGAUGCAGUUGAUGAAUUUCUAUACAGCUAUUUGGGUCUUCUCACCGCACAGCGCGCGGUAAGUCGGUCACUAUGGGCGCUUCAUGACAGUAUUUCCCUUAACACCCUCAAUCAACUACGCUUAACGGUGUUAAAAGUCUUUAUGGAUUCCCAUCCGAAACCACAAUUGAAUUUAUCUGAACUUGACGUGGAUCAACUGAAGAGUGGUGAUGUGGAUAUGGUUGCUAUAGAAAAUUUGAACACUGGUGAUGCUAACACUCAGGGUACAGUUAGGGUUUCCACACCGUCAAUGAUGGUGGCAGAUGAUGAGUUCGCUGUUAAGGAAGAUCGCGCUUUCGAAGUGUUUUCAAAGGUCAAGCUGUUCGAAAACUCUUGUCUCUACGAUCUUCUUAUUCAGCAAAUAUUAGGUUCGUUACCUAAAAACAGCUACCUCGGUGACUCCCCUUGGACUUCUCAAGUGCUCCCAUCUGAGGGGCAAGAUGCUGAUAUGAAUCACGAUUUUAACACCACUUACAGCCUUGAUGUUGCUGCUCAGUUAUAUGAUUUUUUUCAAUUAGUAGAUGCGGGAUUGUACCAGGUUCUUUUCAGUGAUGCGCAUUUUUCCAAAGCGUACCGUGAUACCCCAAGACUCAGUUACGCGACACUCUACAUUCUGCUACAUGCUCUCACUUUCCCAACUGACAAUAUCACACCCAUUCACAACCAAUCUAAGAAGGGGUCUUGCGACGCUGAUUCAGCGAUGUCAGUAUCGAGUCGCAAUUUAGGCUUAGAUCGUGAGGUCAUGGCUGCACUCAGUGCCUUCGCUUCGAAUCAGAAUGCGCCGUUUAACUCAAAGGGUUCAGAAAAGUGGUCGUUGGGACUAAAUACCGCGCAUUCUAGCAUUCCCAACCAACGUGCUGUGUACCUGUGCAGUGUGUGCGCAGUCUUAGUGUAUGCCUUAAGGGGGCCUAAAGGCGAUGCAGUGCAAUGCACGUUGAUGUCUCACGGGGGGUUUUCGCUAAUGGCGUCUGUCGCAGUCGGGCUUUGUCGAGGAAACCCCCUUAACACACCCACAAAGCCUUACAAUGGUAUAAGCUGCAUAUCCCUUGGGGAGGAUAAUGGGGAAGGUCAUCCUGUAGAAGCAAAUACAGAACGCAUUCAUCCUUCAGGUACACUUGUGUGCCGUUGGGUAACACACCUUGUGUUAGAACUAACCCAGGGUGAGUCAGCAGUGGUCGCGAUUCUCUCCAAACAUCUAAACGAAGUUUUCUCAUUUCUAUCGUGUAAGGGUCUGUUGAAGGUGGGAGAGGAGAUUAUCGUCAGACUUUUAUGUCAUUGCUCAAGGACUAAGGGUCUGGAUAAUGCAAUAGAAGAUAGCGAUAUUGAAUGCAUGCAGUGCUUGCGGCCUCUGGUUUCGAUUAUAUGGGAUAUUAUCGGUCAAUCUGAAGCUCUUGAAAGGGAUUUUCAGAUCAAGGAUAAGCAUAGCUAUUGUUUCACAUCAAAUAGGGAAGGAGAGGCACCUUCUUUUGACAUCUGCACUGAGGACAUCACUGUUGUGAUUCUCCGGUGCCUGCGAAAGGCUCUUUAUCGGUUGCGGUGCGGGCUUUCAUGCUCGUCAUUGAAACCAGUCCGCACACUGCAGUACAUCUUGUGCAGCCAAAGCACGUCGGAGGGGUGUUUUCUUAAGCUUAUUAACUGCGUAUCACGCCCGUGGUCGAAUUCGAUAGCGCGCGCAGAAGGUGCUAGGUCUGUGCUCCAGACACUUACAAGUCUUAUCACUGGUUGCCCAGCACUUCGCAGCCAUUUGUUUUCUGUAAUCACUCCGGGCGAACUCGUGAAAUGGUUUUGCACAGAGUGGUUUACUGUAAGACCAAACGAUUGGAAGAGUGUUGUUGAGGCAUUCAUUGCUUUCAUUUACGAAGAAAUAUACGAAGUAGACACAGAAACUGAGAUGAUACGUGGUGCUUCUCGAGAAGAGGUAGUUCCACUUGGUGCGUCUUCCCUGUCCCUUAGUCUAGACCACGCUCAUGUUACAUGCCCUGAGCGGGAGUGUUGCCACGGUAGCAUCCAAAAUGGGGUAGUCCUUAUCCCACUUUUAGACUGCCUGAAACAAGUAGUCAUGACUAUUCCAUCAGAUGAUCCAGAAGCAGAUGUAGCGAACAUUGAAGCUCUCAAUAUACUGCUGAAAACACUACAUAACUCUUUUCUACACUGUCGUGUCAGCCGCUUUAUAUGUGCACAAGCAGGCCUGUUUGCAGCCCUUGCACAACUCGUCCUGCCUCUCAUGAACUCUGUGGAUUGCACUUGUUCAGUGUUUCAUGGAAGGUUGUUGGCUGUGUCUACGUUAAAUAGUGUAACAACUCUCAUGAAGAUUUCUGCCAUUGAGCAUGUUGAUAUCAAACAUGUGAAGCGGUUGCUCUUAAUGAUCGUGAAUAGUUCGAAUGCACAGCAGCGGCAGAAGCUAGUGCUACUAGUGACCAAUGUUUUGAGUGUGGUUGCCACUGCAUUUUUGAGCAAGCAAGUAGUUGAGCCACAGAACUACAUUGCUUUUUGUCGCAACAGCGGUAGUGCUGGGGUUAAAGCCAUGAUUCAGGACAAUUCAACCGAUGGUUACUCGAUUUGCCUGUGGGUGCGUGCAGAAAAUGAGAUUCUGAACUCGAAGCGAGACGUGGCGCAGACGUCUCAGACUAUAUUCUCGUUGCAAAAUUCUGAUCGUAAGACUCAAUUGAAGCUCAACGUGUCGCCCACAACAGGGCGUCUCAGCUUAACUUGUCUUGAUUCUCAGAAGCACAUUGUGGAGAUAGAUGUAGGACUAUCGAUUCCUCUAGCUUCCUGGGUCCAUCUGGGGUUUGUCCAUCGCCCUUGGAAUUCAUUGAUCAAGAAUAAUGCAGUCAAAAAUGCAACUAUUUUUAAGAAUGGGGAGGAGCAGCCAAUAAGGCUCUCGGUUCCUUACCCAAAUAUGAUUCGAGGGUGGUUUCUUGUAGGAGCGGAUGGUGAGGCGGUUGACCAACUAUCCUGUGAGCAAAACCUUGUCGGACAAGUGGCCAUUGUACACUUUUUUGUGAGACCCCUGCAACACAAGGAAAUUUACCAGUUGUGUAGCCGUACGUUUUGCGGAUACUGUGGGGAGGUUGCAGCGACGUUUACUGUUGGUAACGGUGCUGAUGCUGCAGCCUGUACCCAUUCUUCGUCAUUAAAGAGGCAGCCGUUCCCUUUUGUGCACCACCCUUCCCUGCCACCUAUUCAACCUUCUGGGCUGGGGGGCGCACCCACGUGCGUCCUACGAGCUCCGUCAGCCCUAAGUAGUGAGGCAUGGACAAGCAUUACGAAUGAUUUGGCGGCGGAAGCGAUAAUCUGCAUCGACCCUCGUUUAGGUGAAAAGGGGAAGCUUUACAAUCUUUCAAGUCUACUACGUGGCCGCCCAGCUGGAAGUCAGUUGAUGGUUUUCGAAGCCACUCUGAUUUGCUGUUCAACAAGUAUUAUCGACGCACUAUAUGUCCUAGGCGCAGUAUACACAGUAGUGAUGCCGCUUCUGAUGCUCUUGGUUAACUCACAGCUUCCUUUCUCAGAUCGAACUCUCCUUUCCACAUUUUCUGGACUUGAUGAUAACAUUCACUAUGAAGAGGAGGCACCCACCCUUCCCAAUGAGGAUAAAGAGCGUAGCGAACGUAACGGUGCCGCUAGUGACAUGCUUCAGCUCCUCUACGUCUUAGCACAUGAUGAUGUUGUGCGCGUUGACAUGGCCGAAUCAGGUUUGUUCUUUCUUUUAGCGAAUGUGCUGCAGAAGCUCGGGCCCGCGAUAGAUAUGACCAUUCCCGAAAAAAUCCUUUCAUUUUGCGUCGAGCAGCUCCUGCCCUCAGACGUGCUUUUUGAGGCUGCCUACACGGCCUUUUUUCUUUCCAGCAAUCUACUCCACGCCUGUCCGUAUACGACUCAGUUGAUAUGGAUCAACUGUCAGCGGAUUUCUGCUUCUAUGAACUGUGAAGUUCGCUCCCGAAUUCGGUCACUCGGUGCUCAGAUGUUUAUUGUGUCAGAGAUUCAAUUCGCCAUACUGCAUUAUCCGCAUACUCCUAUACACCCCAAUGCGCACGACGAGGAAGAUGUGGGCAGCAAGCAAAAUCCAUCAUUUACUACAGCAAUGUCUUCGCCUCAUGGGAAGAGUCUGCGCGAGGAACUGUUUCGUUUCUUUGAAGCUUUGACAGUGGACCCCAUCACUAUGGCCGACGCGGUUCCCAUAUUACACCUUACCUCUAUCCUUUAUCGCAACCACCAACGGCUCCCAGAAGAUGAGCUUGUCCAUGUUCUGCGUCAUAUUCGCGUCCUCCUCUUUACACGUAAUUGUUUGCUGUGUCAGUUUCUUGGACGCGAAGACUAUCUUGCGGUCUUGCUGCCAUUCUUGAGGUGCCCAACUGUUCCUGUUGCUGCACGACGGGAGGUGCUUUUGCAGAUUAUCUUACUUGUUAUCCGUUCUAAGCGCACGCAGAAAUACAUGAACCCAACACUUAUUAUUACGAAGGAUGCUGUUCAUACACCUCAAGAUAUUUCAUUAGCAUGGUUGAAAGAGUAUUUGUGUCCUGAACUCGUCGAUAUCUCAUUGUAUCUAGCCCUCCGUAGUACGCUUUUUGGAGACUUUGUGGUUACCGAUGAACUGCUUCUAGUCUAUACCCCUCUCUCCGGCACAAACCAGAUUGAAAUUCCUGCUGUGUUAGAACUCAUACUCUUGCUAAUUCAGACAUCCCAAGACUCAUUUUUGAAGCUGUGUGUGCUUAAGGAUCUAGUGUUUUGCCUUAAAAAUGAGCCAAAGGCGUGGCAAAAGCUAAUUUCUAUACAGGGUUGGCAUGUCCUGAUAACAAAUAUCUAUAAGUAUGAAAGGAAGCGUUUGGCGGUUGACGCGAAGCCACUGGAUGCAAUCCAGGAAGGGGACAGAUGUGACCCACAAUAUUUGUUAUCUUUAUCGACGUCUGCAACAUCCAGUAGUUCUAUACCAGGUGACUGCUUGCUUUUGAUAUGUUCUUUUGUUCUAUCUUUCACCUUGUCUCAGGCGUUGAUGAACGUCAAAUAUGCCGCUUCCGAACAGGAACUGAUAGUCACUUAUCUACAAGAUCAGGGUCUGCACGUUCUGUUGAACCAUGUUUUAUGUGGUGUGGCGGACUGCCUGAGAAUGAGGCUUCUCACGGGCACAGAGGCCAAUUCCAGUAUGUUUACGCUACCAAAUACAAAUGUAAUGUUGCAAAACCUAACUGCCUUUGUGUAUACAGUAGAGGAUGUGCUUUUUUACUCGGCGAGUCGCAGGUCUUUUUAUGACAAUGAUGCUUUGUCGUCGCCCCAAUCUACGUCCCGCCCAAGUUCUUCACUUCAAACUACUGGUAAGCCCCGGUAUGUCGAAUGGAAUGAGCUAGUUAUUGUUGUGAAGCAAGAGUCCACGUCUUCUGCUGAACAUCAAGAUUCGACGCUCUCACCAGACAAUCCGCUGGCCUUGCAUCCUCCUGUCUAUCUGGAUGAGGAGGCCGCAAGGUAUGUUGGGGAAACCGAUUUUGCAUCAUAUGAGGGGAGACGAGAUCUCCUCUUAUCUCCAGAUGGUCGAUGGCUUCACAUGAGCCUGGCCUUGAAAGUUGCGUACCUCCUCACCACCGACGACUCUAUAUUACACGGCGGCUGCACUCAUCUUGUGACAGCCGCUCUGGAGCUGGCGCACACCCAUGAUGCUAGGUGUCGCAGGGGCGGUUUCCUGCGCAUAUUUGAACGGCUACUGCGCGUGGCGAGCAGCAUGAUUUUGCACUCGGUGGGUUGCAUAGAGGCAUUGCUUCAGCUUUUGGAUCGCUACACAAGCCUUGCGGCGGUAACGCCAGGCGGGUUGCUUUCCUUGAUUAAGUCUAAGGCUAUGGAUGACCACAGGAAUCACUCACCACUGACUAUCACUAUGUCUAUUCUGUAUUUUGUUCAUAAUUUGCUCCUUCGGCGGCUGCAAGUAGCCGGUAUUGACGGCAUCGUGAAAUACGUCGACACUAACGCCGAACUGAUUAAACGUUUUAGGCGUCUCUUUGGUAUUUUUAGGAAAUCUUUUGAGAAAAUGGCAGUGUUUGCUCUGCAAGUUGACAAGCCUUUAACCUUGCGUAUUUCAGAGGAGACCGGAUGCCACAGUAACGCUCAGAGAACAUUUAACUGGCUGUGUGAUUCUUCAAGUGAUGCUUCGGCUUCUUUAAUUGAUGAAUUUCUUGAAGUGACCUCUCGUGUCGAUUACACUGUAUUUUUGAAGCGAUGCACGCUAGCUAUGGAGAGAAAUCGAUACGAGGCAAAGACUAUUGCAGCAGGAAUUCUCAUGGAACACCAACAAGCCAUUUCUCGACUUCGGGAAAUGGUCUCUGGGCUUAAUAUGACUCGGGAGGCCAUGUCGGAGUCAAUCGAACGCCUCUUCAGGGCUGGUGCAGCCAAAGUCUCUGAUCCAGGCUUUGCGUCAAUAGGCAGCCCAAACACCUCGGAGGUGUUGCAGGCCGCGGCUUCUACAAAUCUUGCGGUGGUGGUGGCACGUUUUAUGGAGCACAUUAAAGACACCAUAUGGAGUCCAGAACCGGAGGGCCAGCUUGGCACCACCAAGUACGUGAGGUUAUCGUUGGUAGAACAGCAGCCGUUAAUGCGUUGCAAGACACUCUUUGACAGGGGCGGCACGAGCCAUUGGGCAGUGAUCGAGCUGAGUUUGAACAACAGCAAGUCGCCAUCAUCUGGACUGUCUCCCAAUGGGGAAGGGGGGCCACUCGCUCGCACCCGUCUUUCUCUACGCGGGGGUGGAGAAUCUUUGUGGGAACAGGGUGUCACGGAGGAUGACAAGGUAAAACUGGAGGCAGAUGGGGAGAUGAAUAUCGAAAUAGAGCGGGAUGACUUUUGGCCGAAUAAAAUAUAUAGCCCCACAUAUUAUUCUCAAAUGAGUUCCGCAGCUCCUAUCCUCGGAAAUGGGGUACCUGAUGAUGAGUUUAGCAAUGCGACGGACUCGAGUCUGCCUCCUAUAGUUUUGUCUAUUCCUUGCGAAAUGCCGUACAUGAUGCAUUGCUGGAGUGCGAUGUUCGUUAUCCGUGGUAUGGCGAUAAGUGUCAUUGUUGACAAAGAAAACAAGUCAUACAAUCAAAAAAUUCCCCCUGAGGCGCAGCAUUUUCUUAUACGACCCCAGAGUUUUGGCUUUAACGUUGCGAUGAUUGCGCAAAUUGCUCCAGGACGUCGCUUCCGCAUGAAGCGCACCGCAGUGGAAAUUUGGCUGCAAAAUCGUCGAAGCUGUCUUCUGAAUUUCCCCGAUGCUGCUACGAUGCGGCUUGCACUGAGGGAAAUCAUCAGAGAGGUAGUUAUGGGCCAUCGUCUUCGCGACCCGCGUCGAGUGGCGUCAAUUCGUGGUUUCUACAUUUUUCAAGAGAAUCCCAUUAAGGAGCCGCUUUUGGUGUGGUCACAAAACCGUUGGCGAAGUCGCGAAAUGUCAAAUUUCGACUACUUAAUGUGGCUCAAUUUGCUCGCGGGUCGGUCAGUAAACGACAUAACGCAAUACCCCGUAUUCCCAUGGAUCCUUGCCGAUUACACGAGUGAUACCCUUGAUUUGAGUAAUCCUGAUACCUUUCGGGAUCUUUCAAAGCCCAUCGGUGCAUGUGGAGACGACAAACGUCGUGAGGGUAUUAAACGGCUCUACGAGGAAACGAAGGAAAUGGGCGAUGUGCCAUCACAUUACUUCACUCACUACAGCUCCGCUGCUGUGGUGCUCUACUACCUCAUGCGGCUGGAGCCCUUCACGGCGCUAUAUAUCCUGCUUCAAGGAGGCCGUUUUGAUCACCCCGACCGGAUGUUUCACACCAUGUCGGCUGCAUUUCGUGGUGUCAUCAGCAACAUGCAAGACACUCGUGAGCUUAUUCCUGAACUUUUUUACUUACCAGAGCUCUGCAUAAACCACAAUAACGUUUUUUUUGGAAAAAAACAGAAUAAUGAGUCAGUGGGCGACCUUGUGCUCCCACCUUGGGCACACGGCUCACCCCACAAUUUUGUUUAUCACAUGCGUGAAGCCCUUGAGUGCGACUACGUCUCAUCGAUGCUUCACCAUUGGAUCGACUUAAUCUUUGGUGUGCAGCAGCGGGGUAAGGAGGCAAUUAAGGCCCUCAACGUGUUCAGAUGGCAUUCGUAUGAGGAUCUGGGCUCCACACAGGGCAGUGAAGUUGAUGAACAUCAGCUGCUGGAUAUACUAGACAAUGUCGGCCAGACGCCGAUACAGCUGUUCCGACAAAGUCAUCCCAUACGGCGACCACAGGAGAGUCUUGAUCCUUUGAUUUGCCAGGUUAACCUCAGGGUCGUGUCGCUGCGCUGGGAGACCCCAAAGCGCGUAGUACUGAUUUCAUUCAACAUACCUGGGAAGGCCAUUGUAGUGAACGGAAAUGGGGCGACUAUCACGCUUAAGCUAGCAGUUUCGCCUCUCAAACGCCCGGCUUUACCAAAAGUGCAUCGACGGAUGCCGUCUGGAAGCUACCUCACACUAUCAUCGGUUGCUUCGUCUGUGGCUACAAAGGACUUGAUGCAGACGGCGCCAGGAGUUGGUAGCGUAAGAGUUGACCCACUCCUGUCUCGGACACCUGAUUCUCUGUCGCGCAGUGAGAUUGACGACAGGAUAGAGGUAUCCACCCAUACCUCAUUCUUAUUGUCACCCCAGCGAAGCGAUGGGGAGGACAGGCUUAGUUUUGACAUUAGCGACGAUUCCGAGUGUCGGACAAUGGCCGCUCCACUUAGUGUUAUUCCUGACGACCUGGGAGGCGGUGACGGGUCCUGUACCCCAGAGAACGCCGCGCUGCUUUGCUUUGGUAGUGAAUCCUUCAUUGCUCUGGGCGGCCUGUUUGACCACUCCGUUAUCAUUCGUCAUGUGGGCCAGGCAGUUGGCGAUGUCUACCUUCGCGCGCACCGCGGGCGUGUGACCCGGCUCGCGGCGAGUGGCGACAGCCACUACCUUGUCACCGGAUCUGAGGACACGACAUUUGUGGUGUGGGUGUGUCAUUUACCCAGAGGACAGCGCCGGAUUGAGGUGCAACCCCUCUUUACGAUCUACAAACACGAGGAUUUGCCGACAGCGGUCCAUUUGAGCUCCACGUUGGACGUUGUCGCGACGGCAUCCAUGGAUGGGGUGCUGAUGCUGAACUCGCUGAGCACGGCUACUCUGGAGCGAACCCUGCGGCAUCCACGACAGUACCCGAUUCACUGCAUUCUCGUCCAGUCCAAAUGUUACGUCCCCAAUAUACUUUUCUAUUCCAGAGCAGACCAUAUUGUUCAUCAAAUAUGUCUUAACGGGACGAUGCUGCGAUCUUUUUCACCACCUGGCCGCCUGAUGUGUUGGACCACGACCUCAGAGCAAUAUCUUUUGAUGCAUUGCGUCCCCUUCAACCGAGUGGCGACUACUAAUGCCCAUGAUCGAGAUUCUUUAGGCGAAGGUGUGUUAGCUGCCACCACAGUCAUUCUCUACGUGCACUCAUUCUUUAUGAAAACAUUACGAACGGUCUCGCUGCCUACGAACACCAUUGUAUCGACUAUAGCAUGUCAUCCAAAGAACCCGCAGGCGGUGAUGUUGGGGGACACGAAAGGAAACAUAGUUUUGGUUCGUACCUGCGCUCCAAAAUCCUCCGUGUUGGACUAA